AUAGUAGCUGGGUGGCUUGACAGCAGCAGGUGUAUUAGUGUUGGUGUUAGUGAGAUUAUAGAAGCGCUGUAAUUUUGCAGCUUUGUUUGUGGCAUUAUUAGGAUCAGUUAAAUGUGUGAUCACAUAUUUCAUCAUGUAUUACAGUGAAGGUGUUAUUUCUGUAAUCCCAGCUGUGAUCUGUGCGCCGCCAGAAGAUGGAGUCCUGAACGCAGCACUGUUUGGUGCUUUUGGUUCAUGCGGUUCAUGUUGCACUGUUUUGCUUUGACUUGACUUAAACUUCACAACUUUACAAAUUCUAUCUAGAAGUCUUCCUCAACGAAAAACAUUUGGAGAUACUGGGUAAUUUGCCUCAAACAACAACAAAAAAAAAGAGAAAGAAAAAAGAAACUUUUCCGUGAGGAUUUUAUUUUGAAAGGUUUAGUAUGGGUGGGCGGGAGUGUGCACUUGGCAUCUCCAAGCAUUUGCGCUGUAGACGCACAUCUGGAGAGCGGGUUCACUCUGAAUUUGAAACAAACAGCCCGAUCCAGCAACACGCGCACUAAAUUAUAUCAUUUAAACUGUGUUCAGAUUUGUCCACUUACUGACCUGAUGUCAGUUAAUUUUAUUUUAGUCAUCUGAUGUGUCAGCGUCCCAAAACCAGUGUGAAGUGAAGCUGAAACCCGAGCCUUCGUCGUUGGACCUAACACUCCGGCUACAGCAGAUCCAACAGCUGGAUGAGGGCUGGAAACAUCUGCAGCGUUUGUUCCGGAGUGCGUAAAAUGAAGCAGCAGCUGAAUGGCUUUGUGCCGCUUGUCCUGGAUGAAACAUCCCAGGAAUGAAGCAGAGCAGCCGGCGUGCAUCACAUGCUGAUGGGACAUGAUUUAAAUAAUUAUCUGCAGCAGUUUAACUCGAGCAGGAACACCCACAUCGAUCAGACAGGGAUGAAUCAGGUGAAACUUUCCUCUGAGGAGUUGCGUUCUCUCCCACCGAGACCACCGACCUUACCCGCAGCUUCACCAAAGAGACGGUUUGUCAAGCUGGGAAGGAAGACAAGUGAUGGCUCUCAGCAAUCAGCUUCGUCUACCGGCAGUUCAUCCACCGGCAGGUCAGCCGAGGGCGUGGCCGUCAGGCAGCCCAGCAAGAGCCGCAUCCGUCGGCAUACCAACCGCCUCUCAGGUGUCUUCCUCCGCGUCCCCACCUCUAACUCAGGCUCCAUGGCACUGACGUCGGGCAUCAGGUCCUCAAUGUCUAGUCAUUCGAGGAAGGGAAGCAUAAUCUCCGCAGAUGUUUUAAGAGCAGACGACCCAUCGGAGCUGUCCAAUCAGAUAACUGCUCCAGGAAUCCUGAAGAUAUUUGGAAAUGAAAUCUGUGAGGGAGCUCAUUACAAGAGCGUCCUGGCCACCACACACUCAAGUGCAAAGGAGUUAGUCAAAGAGGCCCUCGAACGGUACGGCCUGAGCAAGGAUGAGGCCGAGUCCUACGUUCUCUGCGACACCAUUGGCUCCACUGGCAAUCAUCGAUGGAAGACCGAAGGGUUCCGAGUCGUGGGCGACAAUGAGAAACCCCUCCUCCUGCAGUCACUAUGGAAACCCAGAGAAGGCCUGGCGAGACGGUUUGAAAUCCAAAGGAAGCGCUUGGUAGAGGAGAAGACAUCCAAAGACAAAGACACCGUUACUGCUGGUAUCAAUGCUCAGGCUCGAAAGCUGCAGAAGAGCCGCUCCAGAGUGACGUCCACCUUCAUAGAGAGGACCCUGGGGCGAGGCCACAAACUGUGGAGGAGCAAAAGUGAGAUGGACCUCUUAGAUUCUGAUACAGAGACCAAACAAGAUGCACAUCAUGAUAAAUGUUAUAAAGAGCGAAGCGAGAGCCUGAAUCAGACUUCAGUGCAGCAUUACGAUUGCCCAAAAACAAGCCCAGAACAGAAUCACAUUCACAGCCCCACAGCUUCCUCCAAAGGGGCCGGCGGGUCGCAGGCCAAAACAGAGACCCUCUGUCCAUCGAGGCCGAGGGGCGAGCGGGAAGGAGAGGAGUCAGAGAGGGAGGAGACGGAGAGCAGCGACGAUAACACCACACAGUACUCCAUUCACCCUCCUCACGACUGUCCGUACCUGCUGCUGCUGCAGGGCUGCAGCCUCACACAGGACUUUGUCAUCUACCUACUUGCUGGGCCAAACAUUGUUUUCGGUCGUCAAAGUGAUCACGAAGACGGUUCAAAGCCCGAUGUCCUUCUCUUUGCCCCUGACAUCAUUCCGAGACACUGCUACUUCCAUCGCUACAGCAUUGGCAGCCCCACCAUGCUCUGUCCUUGUCAGGAUGCCGUGGUCACGAGGAAUGGCGAAGUACUGAGAAAGGAAGUGCAGCUUAAUCCUGGUGAUGUCAUCGGGUUGGGACAGCGCUACCUUUUUCUUUUCAAGGAUCCCUUAGCUUUGGCACACAAGGAUGUGAACAAUCCUCUUCCUGAGCCCAGCAUGACUGCUGUCCCGUGGAUCCUGGGUAGCACCACUUCUGCCAAUACAAUGAGCCAUUCUGGAGAAAUGAUCCUCUGCAACACCUGCAUCGCAACCUGCACUGACUUCCAGGGCUCGAGCAGCAAACUGUCUCAAAACGGAAGCCUUCCCUUUUUAAAAUCACCCGCAGGCCAUGGCCUGACUCUGAGAUAUGAGAGUGAGGAUCAGGACCGCAUCGUCAAGGAGAUUGUUGCCAUGGGAAGCAGUAGCAUCAAAGACAGACCACCACUGACUGCUGCAUUUUUGCUGUGCUUGUGUGUUGAGUAUUCGUCCACAUGUCGGCAGACCUCAGAGCUGCGCAGGCUGCUGCUGCUUAUUGCAAAUGGAGUUCAAAGUGUCAUAUGGGAGCACACGAAGGAACUAGCUGCAGUCCAGCCUGAAGUUCUAGAUGGAGAAGGCUCAAACCCAGAGGAUCUCCAGGCUCUCAGCCUGCAUGAUGUGAUCUCAGGACUGCGCCCCCUGGUGGUUUGGAUGUCCAACAGUCUGGAGCUGCUGCAGUUUAUCCAGUUCCAGCUGCCUCUUAUUCUGGAGUGGAGAACCCGAAAUGACCAGGGACGGGAGGAUGGAGGAGAAAGGGGCGACGAGGAGAACAAGGAGGUGGAGAACUUGGCCCUGUUGGAGCUCCGUCUGUCCUGUGUCCGUUCAGCCAGUGAGGAGACCAUGUCAGUCCUGGAGGAGGUCAUCAUGCUCGCCUUCCAGCAGUGUGUCUACUACAUUACCAAGGUCCUCUACCCCAUCCUUCCGGACCUUCUGGACUGCAACCCAUUCAGGGAGAAUCCUGGGCUGCAGGUGACUGGCGAAAGUGCUCGGGUCCUGGGUAACGGUGGACUGCAGGUCCCUGGUGAGAUACAGCACCUUGUGGAGGUUCUCACCGACACCUGGAGACUACUGUCAGACUGUCAGCUCCACCCAGAGAUUUCCUCACAGCUGAUUGGUUACCUCUUCUACUUCAUCAACGCAUCACUCUUCAACUCACUCAUGGAGAGAGGCUCAGAGCCAGGUUUCUACCAGUGGUCCAGAGGCGUACGCAUGCGCGCCAACCUAGACUUGCUCCUGGACUGGGCCCACACAGCUGGACUGGGAGAACUGGCCUUGGAGCACACACACACACUCUCAUCAGCUAUCAAUCUGCUGGCUACUCCUAGAAAGAAUUUACUGCAGACAUCUUGGGUGUCCCUGCGGUCUGACUUCCCUGCCCUGAGUCCGGCCCAGCUGAACCACCUGCUGAGUCUUUACAGCCCGGCGUCUCUGUGCAGACACACCUGGACUCCAUCUGUUCAAGAGCAGGCUGCAGCACACGAAACUGCUGAUAUCCUGGAGAGUUUUGACACCCACCACCCUCUGGUGUUGCCAGAUGGGGGUUACCAGUUCCAGCUGGAAAGGGAGGUAACAGAUUCGGCCCUGUGCAGAGAGUUGAACAAGCUGACAGAGUUCAUUUCCACACUUUCAGACUCCAGUGAGCUCACAGCUAACGACAAGCACAAGGGUGGUGUCAUUCCCACACAGGCUAAACCCACUAAGAUGAACAUCCUUCCAAAAACCAAUCUGGAAAGCUUGAACACAUUAUCUGUUACGAUGGUCUCAUCUCAGGUUCCUGUCCAUAACCACCCAUCUCCUUCUGCUACCUCUGGCGCCUUACCUCCAUCACCCCCAUCACCACUCUCCCCUUCCUCCUUUCAGUACCUGGAUGAGUUCAACUCCUGUGGUGCCCUCCUUUUGUCUCAGAAGCUAAGAAAGCUAGAGCUGCGGACCAGAGAGGCCGAGAGCGUUGAGACGAGGAGGUCAGCUCUGGACCCGUCCUGUCUCCUCACCCCACCCAACACACCUCACAUCAUAGAACCUGUUGAUCUGUUGAAGGCAUAUCAAGAUAAAUGGGUGAAGGGUCACGGCGAGACACUUCCCUGGUCCUCUGAUGUAGAUGCACACGAUGAAGGUGGAUUAGUGUUUGAAUGUCUGGCUGCACUGAAAGUAGACAUGAAAUCAGAUUGCCCCAGUAUGACAAGAUUUGAUGAACUCAAAGAAGAAGAGGAGGAUCAGGAGGAGGAAGAGGAGGAGGAGGAUGACCAUUAUGAUGACAAUAAUGAUGAGCUUUUUAGCUUAGAGCUUGAGCGAGGUGAAAAAGGACUUGGUCUCGCUCUGGUUGAUACAAGGGACACUUCCUUGAGGGUGAAAGGCAUCUUUAUCCGUGCAGUGGUCCCUGACUCUCCUGCAGCCCGGUGUGAGAAGCUGGCACCAGGAGACAGGAUCCUGGCGGUUAACGGAGUCAGUCUGCUUGGCCUGGACUACCACAGUGGGAAGGAGCUGAUCCAGUCAUCAGGUGACAGACUGAGGUUACUGGUGGCCAGAUCUGAUUGGAUGGCUAAGGUUAUACAGACUGAAUGCUGACAGUAUUUUUCACAGCUUUUUUAGAGAUGAUUUAAAGAGGACUAUAAGAGCUUGGUGAACAUUUAAGUUCAGGACAUGGACCUUAAUGUUGAGGAUAUGGACGCUAGGAAGACAAAAAUGCACUAUGAAAUUAUCCUGGUUGAAUUGUGUUCCAGGUUUUAGCUGUUUAUGCAAUUAUGCAGCUUUGACUUUACAUUGUAAUAGCAUGAUAGCAAUUUUUGAAGUCUUCAGCUGAUGUUGUGUUCCAGUGAAUACACAAUGGUUUCAAACUUUCAAACUACAAACAAGCUUGCCUCAAACAUUCAAAAUUUUCUUGGUAUGGUGGAGUGGGUUUAAACAUCACUGCAUCUUUUGUUUUCUGUUCAAAGUCUACAUUCAGGCCUCAUGUUGAGCAGUAUUUCAACUCUAGUAGUGGGAGAAGAAUCCAGCAAUCCCAAAGUUUUCAAUCUCAAAGCCUUCUAUAAAAUAAACUGAAAUGCCACCACUAGCGAAACCACAGUGUGCGAGAGACCAUUUACACGGACAACGUGGAACAUUUUGAAGAAACCUCGGCAUGCAAGGGAUUCGAUCAAGGUGGUGCUACAGUAUUACCAGUAUGUCAACGGGCCUGUAGACACUGGUACAUUUAGAUGGUCUCACUCCACUGCAGCUCUACCCUUUGUCAUUUGUUUGAAAGAUAACAAGUGCCAACUGAAGUGCAAUAGCAGUGUUGACUUUAGUUUUUUUAUUCAUCAUCUAGACAAAUAGUUUGACAUGUUAUGGCUGUUAGAUGUUCUUGAUUCAUGCUAGUCUGAUAAAUGAACCAUAAAAACACAUUGUCACAUGUUUCUUUGUUAACCAGAUGGCUUCUCUUUAUGAGUUUUUAUUUUCCAGGUCGGUCAAGUUCAAAUUUAUUUGUCCUUUAGGCUAUUUUUUUUUUAUUAACAAGCUUCACUUGUUUUUUAUAGUCUUAUGUCAGCUGUGUUUCAGCAAUAAAAAAUAUUUUUAAUCCCC